AUGGACGUUCUCUGGCCAAGCUCCGGUGGUGGAGAUGGUGUGAACCAUAGGCUAGGUUCACCGGGCCGGGAGGAACUUGUGGAAGCGGUGACAGUGGUACUGUUGCUGGACAUGGUCUGCUAUGGCAAUCUUCGUGCGAAUGCCAUGGCAGAGUUUCAAGAACGGGCGCAGCUCUUUCAGCUCCUGAACAAAAAGGAUCUCGAAGAAGACUUGCACUGGGAUGUAUACUUGUGGAUGAUUAAGCGGCACUGGGCCCUCGUUUUUCAUCCUCGGUUGGACGAAGCAUCUGAAGCAGGUUCGAAGCCCGAUGUGCACCAUGAACUUCGCGUAGAUUCGGAUUAUCUUCGCCGGGGCGACGGACAGGGCUGUGUGGUCCAGAUACCUGUCAACCAAGCCUAUGUGGUCAUUGAGCUCUUAGUAGCUGAGUGGCCAUGUGAGGAGUUCUUUCCGUACCUCUCGAUCUUCCCAGGUUUCGACGAAAGCAAGGAGAAUGUUGCGAACUUCGGUACAGCAGGGCCGUGCAAGCUGGAGUACAUCACAGAGCAGGCAAUGGAGGUGAUGAGAUCUUAUAGAAUGUACGGCCUGGUGGGCUGCAACUGCCAGCAUUUCGCGGUCGACGUUCUCAAACGCUUGCCGGGCAUCAAGGAUGCUCCGAGCCCCGAUGACCAGCGUCUCGCAGAGGUCAUUGAGAAGAGCGCGCAGGCUAUCAGCAUCACCAAUGGUGUGUUGAAAGGUUUGUUUUGUGCCAAGACUGCGUCUACUUUGGGUAGCAGUCUUGCGACAGGAGGAGUGGCAGGAGGUGCGGCCGGCACAAUGGCACUUGGUGUAGGAGUGGCAGUGCUGACAGGGCACAUCCUGUGCGGCUGUGCUGUCGGUGCAGCUGCCUCCACAGGCGUUCGCAGAGGCUACGAGUGGGUCAGCAACCGUCACCGCCGAGCAGAGCAGGCAGCAGAUGGUGCCGAACUCAAAGGCCACAUCCAGGAAUGCUCGGAAUGCAAGGAAUGUCUCCCCAGUCCAGGGGACGUCGUUGGGCCUUUGCAGCCUGACAACUCCAGCAAGCCCUCGUCGAAAGAUGUGGCUGAGUCCAUCAGGGUAGAAGGGCCUCUGGGAAUGAUCUGA